AUGCCAAAGAUUAAAUCUGGUAAAAGAGAAAACACUGCUACUGUGGCUCACCACCCACAUCCAAUUCUUCCGGCUCUCGCGUCUGAGACCACAACUACAAUGACGACCACGACAACAUCCAUUUUCACGAUCACUUCAGAGCAACAAACAACUAUUGACCAAACGCUCAGCAUCAAUCAAGAAACCAUGUCUGAACACGACUUAAAAAUGUUACGCGAUCCUCCGUAUAAAUUAACGCUUUCUAUAGAUGAGCUUCUUGCACCCGCCAAAAAAACGCGUAAAAAUAAAAGACCAAAAGAUUCGAAUAGUCUAGAGAAACCACCUCGACCACAAAACGGAUGGGUUAUCUUUCGUAAAGAUUACGAGGCAAAAUUGCGCCUACUUAAUCCCAAUGCUACUUAUAAAAUCCAAGAUAUUUCUAAAGAAUGCGGCGUUGAAUGGAGAUCGCAGCCUAGUGAAGUCAAGAAAUACUUUGAUCUGCUACAAAGAAUCGCGUUCGAAAAACAUAAAAUCAUCGCUAUUUUUGAUUUCAAUUUACCGCAACCAUCUCAAUAUACUCCAAUUGAGGCGUCGUUUGCCAGACAAUUGCAUUUUCAUUCAAAUGAAUUUAUGCCUUCUACAACUGCAUCUUCUCUUACUCAACAUCAAAUCUCUAUGCCAGAAGAUUUAUCCAUAUAUUUUGAUACAUUAGCAGCAUCCUUAUCUUCAAAUGAAUUAAAUUCCGACUACAAUACUUUCGUUGAUGGACUUGGAAUUACCACCACCCACAAUAAUGAUCUUCAAGACUUUACUUUCGACUCUCUUACUCCUUCGAUUUCACCUAAUUAUACAAUCAAUGAAGAUGCUACAUCGGUCGAUACAUUUAACGAGAUCAUCUCGUUGGAUCAAUUAGAUUUUUUCCAAACAAACAGUAAUAAUAAUAAUCAAAUUCCUAUUUUUAAUGAAUUCGAUAGUAAUAAUCCAUUGAAUUGUGCUGAAAAUAAUAAUUAUCUGUUCGCUGAAACUAAUAGCAAAGAAAUAAUCGAUAAUAAUAUUGAUAUAACUCCGAUAGACGAAUUCUCGUUUAUGAUACCUUAUGUACUUUCUCAUUUCUAA